AAAAUCCUAUAAACUGCCUGCAACCAAGAGAAAAAGCAGGUGCUGCAAAAAUUCUGGUAGGUAGGUGUUAUUGAAGGAGAAAGAAGAGAUGAGUACUCAAGACGUGCAGAUGAAAGACGACGAAUCCCAAUCCCAAUCCAAACCCUCUUUCCAUUCCGAUUCAGCUUCCACUCUGCAGCAUUUGAAGGAGGCGGCGUCGUUUAUUGAGGCCGCUUCCUCCACCAAAGAGGUCCGCAGAAUAUCCCGCGCCGUCCGCCUCACGGUUGCGCUCCGCCGCAAGCUCACAGCCGGCGUGCUCUCUGCAUUUCUCGAUUUCGCUCUUCUUCCCGGUUCUGAAGCACACCAGCAUUUGUCUGCCUACCUUAAGAAUGAUAAUCAUGACAUGGAAGUUGACAAUGAUGCUGCAGCGUCUGCUGUUCAAGCUCCGGCAAAGCACUCGUUGCCCGAGCUCGAAAUCUACUGUUACUUGCUUGUGAUUCUUUUUCUGAUUGAUCAGAAAAGAUUCGAUGAGGCGAAAGCGUGUUCCUCAGCUAGUAUUGCUCGAAUUAAGAGUUUCAAUAGAAGAACCGUCGAUGUUCUAGCAUCCAGAUUGUACUUUUAUUACUCGUUUUGCUAUGAGCUGACCGGAAAUCUUGCUGAAAUUCGGGGCAACCUCCUUGCGCUGCAUCGCAUUGCCACAUUGCGUCAUGAUGAGUUGGGUCAGGAAACACUUCUCAACCUGUUGCUUCGAAACUAUCUCCAUUAUAACCUGUAUGACCAGGCAGAGAAGCUAAGGUCUAAGGCACCACGAUUUGAAGCACAUUCAAACCAACAGUUUUGCCGUUAUCUCUUCUACCUUGGAAAGAUUCGGACAAUACAAUUGGAGUAUACAGAUGCAAAAGAGUCUCUCUUGCAGGCUGCUCGUAAAGCCCCUCUUGCAGCCCAAGGUUUCCGAAUUCAAUGUAACAAAUGGGCUGUCUUGGUUCGCCUGCUGCUUGGGGAAAUACCAGAGAGGAUCAUCUUUAUGCAGAAAGGAAUGGAAAAAGCUUUGAGGCCAUACUUUGAACUUACAAAUGCUGUUCGAAUCGGUGAUUUAGAACUAUUCAGAAAUGUUGCAUCAAAGUUUGCUGGCACUUUCGGUACGGAUCAAACCCACAAUUUAAUUGUUCGGCUGCGACAUAAUGUCAUCAGGACCGGAUUGCGGAAUAUCAGCAUCUCUUAUUCGCGCAUCUCGCUUGCUGGUGUUGCCGAGAAGUUAAGAUUGGUUUCAGGAAACCCAAUUGCGGAUGCUGAGAGCAUCGUGGCCAAGGCUAUCCGCGACGGCGCCAUUGAGGCCUCGUUAGAUCAUGCAAAUGGGUGGAUGGUGUCCAAGGAAACUGGAGACAUUUACUCUACUAAUGAGCCUCAGGCUGCUUUCAACUCCAGGAUUGCCUUUUGUCUCAACAUGCACAACGAAGCAGUUCGGGCCCUGCGGUUUCCUCCAAAUCCACACAAGGAGAAAGAGAGUGCUGAGAGGAGAGAGAGGCAACAACAGGAGCAAGAGCUUGCCAACCAUAUUGCAGAGGACGACGACGACGACGAUUUUUAAUGCGAACUGUUCCUUAAGUGGUUCAUGAUUCUAGACAGAUAGUUCCUCCUUUUCAUUUAGACACCCGGUAUUAGCCUCGAAUUUUAACUGUUAUCAGUUGUUAUGUUAAAUACUUAUUCCUGCAUUUUUCAAUCUCAAAUCUUCCCUUUGAUGCA